AUGGUGUGCGGCUUGGAGGUGAUCUUGGAAGGGCAGCUGUCCCCCACGAUGAGUCCCCCGAUGUGUAGCUCCCAGCUCCUGACCCCACUUCCUUUCUCACACUGUCGCUGGCAUUCUCGCCGGCUCUUCAAUUCCCAGCCCUCCCCACGUUCCCAUUCCCAGCGCCCGGAGAUCCCAUCCCAGAAAACUACACUUCCCAGCGGCGGGGGAGGCGGGCAGGAACCGUCCCUGAAUCGCCGGCACCGCAGGAGAGGAAGGCUUCCCCCCUCCCGCCGCCGGAUUGCGAGGCAGCCCGCGGAGACCGGGGAGGAGGUGCGGGACAGAUGGUCCCGGGACAGUGCGGAGCGCGGAGCCCGCGGGGAGGCGCGGCGGGGAGCGGCUGGCCGGCGGCACCGGGGCUGGGAGUUUGGAGACGCUCCCUGGGGAGGCCAGGAAUGUGCUGGCGCUGAAGGAGCGAGUGGAUCGCUGCGGAGCUCCGGGACAGGGGGCCCGAGAGGCGGCCAGCCCACCGGGACCGCGACCGCGGAGCCCGGCAGCGAGAGCGCAGCGGAGAGACAGCCCGCCACCCGCAGGCGGUGUCCCACAGCCGACAUGGCAGAACCGUUACUCCGCAAAACUUUCGCCAAACUUCGAGCCCGCAGAAGGAAAAGUCUGAAGGGUGGACGGAGUGAAGACUCGGAGAUCCCAGAGACAGCGGCAGUGGCCACAAAUGGAGACGGUGUCCAGGCUGCCAAGUGUGCAAUCGGCGAAGCACGGAGCGACAGGAUCAGUGGUGUUGGCUCCUGCAGGAGCCCUGGUGUGCCUGUACCUUCCUGCGGCGCAGACGGUGGAACGGACUCCACCAACCGGGCCACAUGUACGUCCGGCCUGGCACAGAGUUCCGGCCCAGAGCAGGACAUCCACCCCGCGAGGAAGACCAGGAACACGGCGGAGGAAGGAGAGAUUUGGUACAACCCCAUCCCAGAGGACGAGGACAUUGUGCCGGUGGCACGCAGGCCUGGGACCAGCAAGGCGCAGUGGUACGUGGAGGUGCCCUGUCCGAAGGAGGCUGAGACUGCUGGUGGUGCGAGGAAGCCCAGCUGUGUGGGGACGUCAGGUGGCACCGAGACAAUGCUGGAGCCACGGGCAGUGAGAUGUCCUGCUGAGUCCUCGCCUCCGAAACACCGCGCACCUUCAGUGACGGCCACCGGAGUGUCAUGGAGCUGCAGUCAACAAGGGAGCAGUGCACAAAAGCCCAGGCACUCAGACGGUGCAGCAGACGCCCAGAUGGAGAGCAGCCAGGGGCCGGCCCCCAGCCCCCGACCGGCCAAGAAGAGCGCGGCAGCCCACCGCUCGCUGUCCGACCGCGUCAAGUCCCCCGGCACGGUCCGCAAGCUGUCCAUGAGGAUGAGGAAGCUGCCCGAGCUGAGGCGCAAGCUGAGCCUGAGGGGGACGUCCCGGUCCGGCCGGCAGGAGCGUGAGGGCGGUGGGGAGAGUGGGCGGGCGUGUGCCCCCCCGGCCCCUCCCUCCUCCGGUCCCGCGCUGCCUGCCUCCGACCGCAACGUCAUCUGCCGCUACCACCUGGACACCAGUGUCAGUGCCCGCGGCAAUUGCCCAAGGCCCAAGAAGCAGCGCGGCCCCCGCUCGCUGACCAAGCUGGGCUACCUCAGCGAUGGCGACUCACCGGAGCUGGUCGCCAAGGCCGAGAAGCCCAGCACCCGCUGGCACCCGGGUCUGGACACAGGCUCCUUCCGUCCCUACGGUGGGGGCGAGCACCCCCGCUGCCUGCAGUACCUCUCCGGCCUCAUCAACAUCCGGCUCUUCGGAAUCGAGGGUGUGAGGCUGCCCCGGCCGGGACUCAGGGACAUCUUCUGUACCAUCCAGGUGGACUCGGUCAGCAAGGCCCGCACGGCCCUGCUCACCUGCCAAGACCCCUUCCUCAGCCUGGAUCACACGUUCAACAUCGAGCUCGAGCACUCCCAGCAGCUCAAGCUGCUGGUCUUCACUUGGGACCCCAGCUCCUGCCGCAACCGCAUCUGUUGCCACGGCACUGCCCUGCUCCCUCCACUCUUCAAAGGAGCCCGCACACACCAACUUGCCAUGCAGUUGGAACCUCGUGGAGUCCUGUACCUGAAGGUGUCUCUGGUGGAGGUGUGGGAGGUGCCGGCGUGCUGCGCUGACGAACAUCGGGAGCCCAGGGUCUUCAAGGUGGAACUGAGCGAGCUGGUGGGGCGGGAGCAUUCCGGAGUCAAUGUGCCACUGCUUAUACAGAAGUGUGUGUCUGAGAUCGAGAAACGAGGCCUAAAGGCCGUGGGUUUGUAUCGCCUCUGUGGAUCGGCCGCCGUUAAGAAAGAGCUGCGGGAUUCCUUCGAACGGGACAGUGCUUCCGUGGACCUGUCCGAGGAAAUCUAUCCCGACAUCAACGUUAUCACAGGCAUCCUCAAGGACUACCUCCGGGAGCUCCCAUCUCCCCUCAUCACAAAGACCCUCUACGAUGUAGUGCUGGAGACCACGGCCACCUGGCCCCUGAAGAUGUCCAACGGCGUGCCCGACGCCAGUCUCUGCUCCGUCAACACAGUGGCCCUGCUCAACUGCCUCCCUCAGGCCGAGAAGGCCACGCUGACCCUGCUCCUCGACCACCUGAGCCUGGUGGCCUCACUCCAGGAGUCCAACAAGAUGACGUGCCAGAACCUGGCGGUCUGCUUUGGGCCAGUUCUCCUGGGCCAGAAGCAGGAGACCUCCCAGCAAGGCUCUUGCACCUUCUCCCACUCCAAGGAACUCGCCAAUGCUCUGGACUUCAAGAGGCACAUCGAGGUUUUGCACUACCUGCUGCAGCUGUGGCCCAGUGACCGAAUCAAAGAGAAACGAGACAUGUCGAUGGAACAGCCAAAUUUGGCCAACCGCCUGCGUCCCAGACCACAGAUCCCCGCAGUGAGCCCAGCGGCCGAGGAGGUUGUGUGCCGGAACCGCGUGGGGCGAUCCGCCAGCUCAUCCCGUUACCGACAUGCCGGUGACUGGAGCAGCUGUGGCCGAAACUACCUGCGUCCAGGGAACGACCAGAAGGUGGAUGAUCGCGGCCAAUUCACCAAGCUGGGCACCAACGUCCUGGGCUCGCCGGCAUCUACCGACACACAAGAUAGCAGCUCACGCCUCACGGACACGAAGGAUGGUGGUUCGCGCCAAACGGACACUCAAGAUGGCGGCUCACGCCUCAUGGACAAGCAAGAUGGGGGUUCGAAUCCCACCAGCGGACGUAAUUAUGACUUGUACCCAGUCAAUGGACAAGGUGACAGUCUGUUCCCUGACAACAGUCAAGGUAGCAGCCUGUUUAGCGAUGGCGGAGAGCUGGACUUUGAGUCCAGUCUCGGCGGAAGGACGAAGGAAUUUGACAGCUUGAUUGCUGACAUUGAGCGGGAACUUGCGAAGAAAAUCAUCUUCCUCUGAGGAAGAAGGGCAGGGUGCCCAGAGGUCAGACUCGGUCGUUGGCGUGGGCUGGCCUGCCCCGUGCCGACUUUCCUGCGCCAGUUUGCAACAGCAUGGUUACCUAGCAGCACAAACGUCACCCCCGGUCACAAAGUUCACACGUGAAGUCUCCCGAACUCCCAACUCACCCCCCACCCCGCCUGUUCCAGAACCUUCCCAUCCCCUGGUUACCAGGGUUGGGGCUGGGAAUCUCCCAGGCACUUGGCCCGGCUGCUCCCACUGGGGAAUACGGGGGGUCCAGGGAUGGUUUGUGUGUCCUCCAGGUACAUCCCUCCUCCCGCCAACCCUCCUCUCCCACCCCCAACCCUCCUCUCCCUCCCUCACUACCUCCCCCUCCCUUCCUCCCUACCACCCCCUCACUACCUCUCCAUCACUAGCACCCCCUCCCCUACUACCUACACGUAUCUCACUCCCCCUUCACCCCCCAUCUUUUCCUCACCACCUCCAUCCAGCCCCUCCCUGCCAUUCUCUCCCCUCCCCCCUCUACAUCCUCCCGGGCCACCGGCAGGUGACCAGAUGGAAGUCCCCCCCACCUCCGCCCCAUUCACUCGCAGAGGGUCGGCUGCCAGAUGUUCCCACAGCUGCAGGAGGGGGAGCUGGGGAGAUGCCGAGACCCCUGGUCUGGCCGUCCCUGUCGGUCAGUGGGCCGGGGGAGCCAGGGGCAGCAGAGGCCCUGGGCCAGAGGGUGGAUCACCGCAUCGGGCAACUGUGCGGCCUGUCUCCCCCUGCCUGUCCGCCACAUCCUCCCCUCCGUAUCUCUCCCUGUUCUCUCUCUCUGUGUCUCCCUCUCCCUCUGUCUACCUCUGUCUGUGUGUACGUGUGUGUGUCCCUCUCUCUCCCUCUCUCCCUCCCUCCCUCUCUCCCUCCCCCGGGCUGUACCUGUUGCUGGGUUGGGGACUCCAGGGAUCCGUACCUGCGAGGGACAGAGCGCAGGCAGAUGAGACCCCCUGCCUGGCAGGGUGUGGGGUCGGGCUCAGUGGUUUGGGGACUGCUCCCAGUGACACCGCUGUGCUGUGUGUGCAAUCAUCACGCUUUGUUUUAGUGGAUCGAUAAUCGCUGAAUAGAUGCUGAAAAUCCUGCAGGUUCUAAACACUCAGCUAGUUCUCAGACUAUUCCACGAGUCAGUAUUAAAGACAUCGGUCUCCGGGCUGUGUCUCGCCAGGGGAAUUGCAAUUCACACGCGUGAUAUAAAAUAGCUUGAGAUGGUGACUUUUAUAUAUAUUAUAUAUAAAAUACUUUAUUUAAGUUUCACAUUUAUUUUUGUAGAUGGACGAUUUUGGAGAGUUCUGAAUGUAUAUUUGGGGAUUUGCCCUGAGCUAUGGAGGAACAAUUGAUGUGCUGUAUUUAUGCAGUGUUGUCCCGGGGCUGUGAGAACACAGGACUGCAAUGCUGUGCUCUCCUUGGAAUUAUUUAUCCCAAUCUGACAACGGGCUCUGGUACUUUGUUUAAUAAACUGUAACGUUUUAUGCC